ACAAAUCGUGGGUGUGCAUAUAACGCUUUCGCUGCUCAGGCUUCACGCGACAUGAAAGUUGACUUUAUGCCCAUACAUAGUCUUCUUUGCCAUAGACGUGAGCUCUCCACUCGUCUGAGGUAGUUAUAAUUCUGAUAAAUCAAGGAACUGAACUCUCUCAAACCGGAAUUCUGUUUUUCUGAAAUAGCCACAGCUUCCCCCACGAGCACACAGUCUCUAUUAUCACUUAGCAAUGUCACAGCCAGAACUUAUGGACAAGGAGAAAGACACUCACAUGGCGGAUCGGGACGAUGAGCUUGACGAGGAAUUUGAUGAUGAAGAUACUCACAUGGACGUGGUGCCUGGGAUUUCCGGGUCCGCAGAAAAUACUGCCAACGGCCAAGAUCCGGCACAGGCGAAACUGGGAGUAGCCGCUGCCGCCGGCAUUCCCACAGGCGACCUCCCAGAACUAGCGAAAAAAGACAAAACCCUUCAAGAAAUGCUCGAGCUUGUUGCAGGUGACUUUGCGCCGAUUAUUCCUGAUGCAGUGACGGAUUACUACCUCAGCAAAAACGGAUUUGAAUCUGCAGAUGUGCGGGUCAAGCGGAUCUUAGCACUUGCCACCCAGAAAUUCAUCUCCGACAUUGCGCAGGAUGCAUACGAAUUCUCACGCAUCCGGAGCUCCUCGGCCGUAUACAAUUCGGCCAAUCCACAGCUAAGGGCGAAGCAGCUAUUGCAGGGGCAGCAGUUUGCCAACCAGCAAAGCACAGGUGCCAACGGGAAUUCUGAGGGCACAGGUGAACCUCAAACACAGCUGUACGCCAGCAACGCUGGAAAUCAGCAAGGCAAAAUUGUGCUUACUAUGGAAGAUUUGAGUAACGCCCUCAGCGAGUAUGGUGUAAACACCUCCAGGCCGGAUUUCUACAGGUGAUCUUAUAUUUAACCGUAUCCAGCGAGGGGGGGAAAGCAAUUGGCUUGGUGAUUUGGGGUGGAGGGAAUGCCUUCAGGUUCUCCAGAAGCAGGUUCACACCUCACAGGAGAAUACAUUUUGAGAAGAUGAAUAUGACCUAUGGGCGGCUUAUCGUCAAUCAACACAUGCAACAGAAAGAAACGUUCAACAAACUGUCUGGAGGUAAAAAAGAAUAUCGACAACUGCAGGAUUCGAACCUGCGCGGGCAAAGCCCAAAAGAUUUCUAAUCUUU